AUGGCAUCGGAGGAUGUAGUGGGGAAAACCACAGGGGAAUCGGCAGUGACGACGAUCGUGAACCUGGCCGAGGAGGCAAAGUUGGCGAGGGAGGGCGUCAAGGCACCGGGUCACGCGAUCCUUUCUGUCUGCAAGUCGCUUGCGGCCGGGGGCAUUGCCGGGGGGGUGUAAGCUUUUGAUCUUUGUUCUGUGCAUCUUACGCUUCGUUUCCUUUUACCUCUGAUUUUACUGCCCCGUUUAUCGGGUCACUUUAUCGUUACUUGUUAACAACGAAACUUUUUUUGAAUAGUAUCCCUUUCUUGGUGUCGUAAACGUUUACUUCCGUUAAUGUUUUGGCAAAAGAUGUUGACUCGUCCUUGUUAUUGCUAUUAGUUGUUAACUUCUUUAACCAUGUUUUAGGGCUUCCGUCAGUUACACGUUAGAUUAUUUGUUCGCAUCAUUGAACCUUAGAUGGAACGGAACCCUGUGCUCCAUAAUGCGCUCUCGAAUGACCUUUUGUAUGACUAGUGAUUGCGUUUUGACUUAAUAUGCCCUUUAUCUUGUAAGCGUCCAGAUUCGAGCGCAUCUUUUUUACUGAUCCCCGUCAACCGAGUUAUUAGAACCAUAUUCAAUAAUCAUAUCCCAGGCAAGAAAGCAACAACCCUUUUCUUGCACCGUGCAUUCAGGAAAUUGAGGUUCAAUUUUGCCUUAUUCACUUUAAUGCCAAGUUCCUCGUGGAGCGUUAGAACAACCAUACAAUGGUUGGGUCGUACCUUAGUCUACUUGGAUUGCACCGUUCCGAGUUCGCUCAGCAGGAUCUGAAAUCUUGUUUAACAGAUAGCUGGAACGAGUCUACUUUUCUGCUUUUCGGACGUAAAAACAUGUUCAUUUCGUUCUGAAAUUGAGAAUAAAUUAAGUUGCAUUACAGACCUUAAUUUUGUCACUUGUAUAUAAUAAAAUGUGUUGCCAUGUCCUGCAAACAUCCCUUUUGACAUUUGCACGUUUAUUAUGGCUUCGGUGACUGCGUUAUUCAUUCAUUGUUUCAUUUUUUCUUCUAGUUAAAUAAUCUAAUUAUCUGAUGAAUGAGCUGGUUGUUUUCAAUUCAUAUGUUGUGUCUUAGCGCCCGUGUAAAUUUAAUUCUGAGGAUGGAAACGCUGAAAAUAUGAUAGGUUUUGUAUUUGAUUUAAUCUGGCCAGGUGCAAAUGUUUCAUUUUCUAGUUGAAUUACCUGUGCCAUGUGACUGCAUCAGAAUCAAACUAACCUACUGAUUGUGAUUUCUCAACUGUAGUGUGACUGGGUUAAAUUCUAAGGCUCCUGGGAUCCUUUUAUAGUGCUAUAUAUGUAUUGUCAUGGUAGCUACUGGUAAUUGCGUGACAGACUUCGUUUUGUUAUAACAGGAGUCAACUAAGGAAGCAUCACUGAUUCAUAUUAAAAUGCAAAAUUCUGAAAAUCUUUGAUGAUUACCAUAUCGGUUAUUUGCUUGUUUAGUAUUACCAAAAUAACAGAUAAAGUUCUCCAAACUUCUAUAUAUUUCUUCAAGGUUUUAUUUUUCUGUUUUACCUGUCUAUCUUCUUGUUAUCUAAUUUUUAUCAAGAUUUAUUUAUGUUCGAUGUAUAGCAUUUUUAUUUUCAAAAUAUUCAUCUAGUGGUGACAUAGUUCAGUUAUUUUUUAUGAUUUAUUCUGUAGGUCACGUACAGCUGUUGCGCCAUUAGAGCGGUUGAAAAUUUUACUUCAGGUUAAUUUUUUUAUCUUUCAAUCAUAUUUAUUUUCUGCUCAUUAGAGUGAACACUUUACUCAUGGUGAAGGAUGUGCUCUUUUGAUCGCUUUUCACAAAUCCGUGACACUCCUGAAAUUUGCCCAACGUACUCGAAACGUCAAUCUUGAUAUCACCCAUCAUUAUACAAGCAACUGUACAACAUCAUGUCCUGCAUUGUCCCCAUAUGCAUCCUGCUUCCAGAUAAUGAGAACCCAUCAUUGACCCCUGGACCCCUGAUUCGCCUUGCCAGAGGCCCUACCGGACUUGGUUAUAUGGUUGAGCAGUGCUGCAAGGUCCUGGCUGUUGUCAAGCAUAAACCCUGGGACCCAACACACUUAUGUGGUGUGGCUCGUUUGCAAAUUGGAUUGAUUCGACAUCAUUGUGGUCACAAUGAAGGUUGGAGCUGGCAAUCCUAAUCCGCUGAUCGGUAGUCAGAAAAGAUAUUUAUGGUUGAUAGAUCCGUCAUGAGCCAAAAGGUAUUUUCGCUGAUACCCUGUUUAAUCAUUCGAGCAGCAUUACAUUAAAAAAACGGAAAAACUCUGAUCGAAAAUUUCUGCAGAAAAGUCAGUUGAUCAAAACAUAUACAGAAUAAACAGUCAAAAAACUUAUGAAACGAAGUUCAGAGUAUGGUGUUAAUGCAGAAUACUAGGCUUCAUCGCAGGAUGGAUAUAUUAAAAAAUAAGUAGAAUAUAUCGAAAUUAUUUGCAUAUCGAGAAUCAAUUGACUGCGUACGGCAGCAUUGGCUAAACAACUGCAUCAUCGUGCAGUUUCCUGCCACAAGUCCUUCCUGCGGUCUAAACAUCUUAACCCAAGCUGUUUAAUGAACAUAGGCCUUGUAGGUCCAUCGGCAAGUUGUUGUAGCCCGUCAUUGGACAUAUUUCCUACUUGGCUGCUGCCUUUAACUUAUUCUCGGUAUUCAUCUGUCCUGAGGAUAGAGUAUGAGUUUUCUCUUACAAGGACGAGACUGUUUCGAAGUUGUGGUUCAGUAUAUUCGGGAAAAGCGUCAUUUGGCAUUGUUUACUAGUUCUGAAUGGCCACCAGUCUGUAGAAAUUCAAUCUCAUAGGCCUAAAAUUCAACAGACGCCUCUGGUACGAGGGCGCCUGUUGAAUUUUGGACUUUGAUUGAGAACCAGUCGUAGACCAGGAUAAUUACUAGGAUAACUUUUCUGUGAAAUGGUAAUAACCCUGUAUGUGUAGUGUCAAAAUGACGUCGUGUUAAGUACCCACAGUUUGUGUACUGUAUCUUUCAUGUCUUGGAAUAUGGUUUUAUGAUAAGGAUUAUUUUUGUAAGAGCUGAGAUCAUGCAAGUUAGAUGAUAUCUCCAAUGGAAAUGAAAUGUUGGAAAUGUUUUUUUUAUAAAAAAAGAGUUGUAUGGGGUUCAUAUUUGUGAAUAUAUGCUUAAUUUCAGGAUAGAAUUAGAGAUAGCCCCGCUAAUGUUCCAAGUUAUUCUUUAUUUACAUAAUAUGUUUUGAGAUAGUCCCGCUUAUGACGUUAAAGUCAAUAUUGCAUUCUGACGGACGGAAAAGACAGCAAUGCAAGUAGAUGUCUCUAUUUAACAGCUAGAACGAAAAGUUGGUGUGUGAAUCCUUUUGCUCAUAUAAUCAACAAGAUCCUUGAGAGUCAUCAGUUUUUGGUCUUAAACUGUAAUCAGAAGGGUAAUUUCCUUCUGUUCUACACAAACAGAAGAUGUUAACCCUUCUGUUCUACGUCAUAAUGCUUGUAACAGAUCCUUUCCUAAAAAUAUAUCUCGAAUCGGUGCUUUUUAGCAUCUUGCGGUGGUUGAUAUCGCAAUGCUUUCAGUCUGAAACGACUGAUAAUUGUUUUUGUUUUUUGAUAUUUAGCUGAUUUGAAGUUGAAUUUGUACUGAUAUUCCUUAAUGGUUUUUUUGCAUAUUGAUUAUAUGCAAAAUUCAGCUACUCUAUGUGAUUGGUGUUUCUUGUUUUACAUCUGUCUGGUAUUUUCAGUUUCUCAUAAAACAUGCCUUUUUGUUAGCUAUAACUACCAUAGAAUGUCGUCUAUUUCUACGUUUGCAGUAUCUGAAGUUAUAUGAUUUAAAUAUGUUUUUGCUUCUUUAAAACAUAUUUUUGCCUGGUUUGCUACAGAGUUCUUCCAUGAGAAUGCUGAUUUUUAGUUGGUUUUUAUUACGACAAUAAAACCAGGUUCAAAAUCCACACAAUAUAAAGUACAAUGGAACAAUCCAAGGGUUGAAAUACAUCUGGAAAACUGAGGGCUUCCGAGGACUGUUCAAAGGCAAUGGCACCAAUUGUGCUCGCAUUGUCCCAAACUCAGCUGUGAAGUUUUUUAGUUACGAGAAAGCAUCAAGGUCUAUUCCCUCCAUGAUUUCAGCUUUGUAUUCUGCAGUUUGGUUUUAUUUUAUUUCAAUUACUAUUGUUAUUUUAGUGUUUCGUGAUAUUUUUAUUUUUUUUAGUUCUGGAUAAGUUUAUCCAAAUUUUGAUAUUUUUUGAGGUAUUUCUCCUAUCAACAACUAACUUCAUUUAUAUUUAACAGUGGUAUAUUAUGGCUUUACCGACAGCAAACUGGAAAGGGUAAAGCCUAACAUCUCCGUCGCUUCAGAUUUCAGUAAUUCUUUGUUUAAUAUACACAAUUGGUCUGGACAGAUAGAUAUCGUUUAUUUUUAGUCGUGGUUCAAAUUUCACUUGAUUCUAACCCUGGGCAAGAUUUUGUUCAUUAUUGAGAGUUGUGACCAUGCAUUCUUGCAUGAGGUUAUAUACAUUACCUAAAUCUCAGAAUAGGUACCAUUUUUAUUAUUAUUUUUGAACUUUUCCAUUUUUGGGGUUAAGUUUUUGAUUAACAACAUGACUGUCGUUUCUACCAGUUUUCUGGUCGUAGUGAUUCUUUUGAUUGCCAUGUCAUUAUAAUUGGCCCUUUUUGUGCGUAAACAUAAGAGAUUUGCCUGUUCAUCCAUAUUCUGAUAUCAUUCAGACAGAAUAAUGGUAUCAAAUUUCCAGAAACGUUGGGCUUCAUGCAACUCAGCCCAUUACCUGUUGCAGAACAUGUGGGAUUAGAUUCAUAGAAUCUUUCCUCUGAAGAUAAUGAUGCCAUAUCGAUUGGUUGGGAACUUGGUGUGCUACACCACACCAUACAGUGAUGUUGGUUUAAGAAACGCUCCUAUAAGUUGAGAGUAUGAAUGACUAAAUUUUGCUUCUAUUGAAAGUUUAGGCAGGCAGGGAUGAUGUGCACAAACUGAAUGAAAAUCUUGACGAAGCGAUUAAUAUCGAUUGGAUUUUGACAUAGAAAAUAAAUUUGUCUGUAGAUUGUGUUGAAGAUGAAGUUCUCCAAACAUGAAGUUACCAUCCGACUAGUUUCCCGUCCUUUCUUGAAAACGUAAAUCCAACGGGAGGCAUUUUCCUUAAGUACUUUUGGACCAUAUUUUUAAAUUUUUUUGCUGUAAUUUCCUGCAUCCCUUUUCCAUUUCCAGCUCCCCUUUCACAUGAAAUAUGCAAAGAGAGAAAAAGCGCAAAGUAUGUAAAGGAGAGGAGAAAAACCCCCCUUUAUAUGAGUAUUGAUCACGAACUUUUAUUAAAUCAGAUCACAUGAGUAAACUUGCUUUUCUAAUCCGUCAAUGCUUGAUAAUAUUUACUACCAAGCAUCUUGAGCUAAUGGCAGACGACUUACCCAAUUGUGUUCACUUGAAUUCUUUCAGAAGAUGCAGAACUCACUCCUGUUUUGCGCCUUGGUGCUGGAGCAUGUGCUGGAAUUAUUGCAAUGUCUGCUACCUAUCCCAUGGACAUGGUCCGAGGCAGGAUAACUGUUCAGGUAUUUUCAUAUUUGUUCAAUUUCUAGCGUAUUUUUUCUUUGGUUGGCGAAAUUACGAUAUGUUCUCUGAUUCCAUGCCAUCUCUGCAAAACCCAUUUCAGACGGAGAAAUCACCCUAUCAAUAUAGAGGCAUGUUCCAUGCGUUAACAACGGUGUACCGACAAGAAGGAUUCAGAGCACUGUACAAAGGCUGGCUUCCUUCUGUUAUCGGAGUUGUAAGUUCGCCUUAUCUCCUUUUGGAAAUUCUGACUCAUUUCCUCGGCAGUUCAUCUUAUUCAGUAUGAGAGUUUCGAAAGUCAGCGGGUUGAUAUUUCAAUGAGCUGCUGUGUUCAUUCUAUUUAAGGUAGCCACUUUGGUUCUCCUUCAAUGUGGGCGUUUUCCCAGGGUCAUUUCUCAGGGGAACCUGAGUACACCCCCACUCGGCCGGCUUGACCCCGGAAUAUAUUUGACCGUUAAAGGCAAAAAUGGAAACCUUGCCCUUUUAAUCCUAUAUCUUCCAGGCGCCUUUGGUUCUGGGGGUUGACUCUUCUCUCUGCAGGUUCCAUAUGUAGGUCUCAAUUUUGCCGUCUACGAGUCCCUGAAGGACUGGAUCAUCAAGACUAACCUGUAUGGACUGGCUAACGACAAUGAGUUGAGCGUGACCGUCAGGCUUGCCUGUGGUGCCGCCGCCGGCACCGUUGGGCAGACCGUUGCAUACCCGCUUGAUGUCAUCCGGAGAAGAAUGCAGAUGGUAGGGUGGAAGGACGCCGCCCCCGUCGUGGCGAGCCAGGGCGGCAGCAAGGCGUCGCUCGAGUACUCCGGCAUGGUCGACGCCUUCCGAAAGACGGUUCGGCACGAGGGCUUUGGGGCCCUGUACAAGGGCUUGGUUCCUAAUUCGGUCAAGGUAAUUCCCUUCAUCAAUCGCCUUUUACUAUUUGUGGUAGGAUGGGUAUGUAUGUACGGUUUCUGAUUCCCUUUGCCCCUGGAUUUCUUCCUCGGCAGGUGGUGCCAUCUAUUGCCAUUGCAUUCGUCACUUACGAGGUCGUGAAGGAUGUUCUUGGGGUGGAGAUGAGAAUAUCUGACUGA